GAGUGUAGUGUAGUGUGCUGUUUCUCCAGUAGAAGUCGCUGCUUUCACUGUUUUCAUCGCAGCAGCACUUUUAGAGGAAGAAAGCAACCGGACGGCUCACACACGCCGAUAACCUACCCAAACCUCCAAAAACCACUUGAAUUUAUAUUUUAGAGCAAAAAUGACGACUGCACCAUAUAACUAUUCCUAUAUUUUCAAAUAUAUCAUUAUUGGUGACAUGGGGGUUGGAAAGUCAUGUUUACUGCACCAGUUCACAGAAAAGAAAUUUAUGGCUGACUGUCCUCAUACAAUUGGUGUUGAGUUUGGCACACGGAUAAUUGAAGUGAGCGGGCAGAAGGUGAAGCUUCAGAUUUGGGACACGGCAGGGCAGGAGAGAUUCCGUGCUGUCACACGCAGCUACUACAGAGGAGCCGCCGGGGCCCUCAUGGUGUAUGACAUCACCAGGCGAAGCACGUACAACCACCUCAGCAGCUGGCUGACUGAUGCCAGGAAUCUCACCAACCCCAAUACUGUGAUCAUUCUAAUUGGUAACAAAGCAGACCUAGAAGCCCAGCGUGAUGUCACAUAUGAAGAGGCCAAGCAGUUUGCUGAAGAAAAUGGUUUGUUAUUCCUUGAGGCAAGCGCAAAAACAGGUGAGAAUGUGGAGGAUGCUUUCCUUGAAGCUGCAAAGAAGAUCUACCAGAACAUUCAAGACGGCAGCCUGGACCUGAACGCUGCCGAAUCAGGGGUCCAGCAUAAGCCUACCGCACCCCAGGGUGGGCGGCUCAGCAGCGACGCACAGCCUCAGAAGGAGGGCUGCAGCUGUUAAUGACCAUGGAGACUUCACUCUCUCUCUUUCUCUAUUACCCCCCCCCCAGAUCUCACCUCUGCCUCCCUCUGUGUCUAAAUGUCUCUCCCCUUCCAGUAUGAUUGCUCAUGGAGACUGGGGCCAGAUGGCUUCUGCGUGAUGGAGUUGUAAUAUAAUUCAUGCUCUCUUCUUUCCCACCUCCCCUUCUGUCUUCCCUCACUUGUUUUGCUUGUUUCUCAUACGCACACAUCCCAGUGCUCCCAUUAAGCACUCAUGGGAGGACAGCUCCUCCGCUGAACACUAAUCCUGAAGAGAGAAGAUGAUUGUCGAUAAACUGAAGAAAUGCUGGGUUUAUCCUUUACAGACGUGAUGUGCAUAACUAUAAACUAAACAUCUCAUGUACAGGAGCUGUCUGAAUAUUAGAGUAAUGUAAAUGAAAUGGAAAUAUUGGCAAACGUUAUUCGUGUUGAAGUGAUCAGGAGGACAUGCAUCAACAUUGUAUGUAACAUUUUGUUAAAAAUCUAAAACUGAAAUAUUGUAUUCUGUUUUAAAUUAGAGUUUUUGCAGUUCACAUCCAAUCACCAAAUAUUUAUCCCUGUUUGUACCUAUUCAGGAAAUAAUAUACAUGUACUAUACAAGAUUAGUAUUGUUUUGAGAAGAAUCUCAAUGGAAGGUCCAUUGUAAAAAAAAAAAAAAAAAAAAAUCAUCUUUGGUCGUUUCAGACGCAGUUAUUUUAACUUAGUAACUGUUAUAGUAAUAUAUUGAAGAGAAUGGGACGUAUUUUAUGUCCUGAAGAAUGUUUUCCGCACUUUGCAGUUUUGAUUUGGUUUUUCCGAGGGCCUGGAGCUGGUUAAGUCUGAGAGGUUUCAGAUCCCCUUUGGUCUGUUUUUGAGCAUCUGUAAUAUUUCGACAUCACAAUAGCUUAAGAAACAGACCAGCAGGAGAAACGUACCAAAUCUUCAGGCCCUGCAAAUCGUCAUCAUAUCAAGAUAGUCAUAUUGUUUUUACAUUGAUAAUUUCAGUUGCCUUAUGAUUUGCUUUUGUUCACUCUGAUGUGCUGCCCAUUUUAUUCAUAAUCCUCUUGUAGCUUUUAUCGAAAGAAUUCCAGCAAUUCACUUGUAAUAGAUAUUUUGCCUUUUCAAAACAUUCCAUUAAAUUGAUUUCCAAACACUGA